CCUCAAUCUCUUAUUGUCCCUCUCUUUCUCUUUCAAUCUCUCUGCUCAGAAAUGGCGGAGCAUCUUUGACAAGGUAGUAUUUUGGGAGCAACCCAGCGUCUAUGCUUGAAGGAGAAGGCGGAAAUGGUGUUCAAAAACAAGCUUUUCUUCUCCUCAAAGAAGUCUGAUUCUCCCAGUCCCGACGGAACCAACAGCCCUCGAUCCGCCUCCAGCUCUCCGAUCCGAUCGGACAAGAAGAAGGCCAAAUCAUCCACUUCCAAAACUGACUCUCAGAUCGCGAGUUCCCCCUCCGCGUUCAGUCCCGGUUCUUGCAAGCAAACCCAAGUCAAAGAUGGAGUCAGAAGGAAGGACCUCAAGUCCAAGGAUCCCCAACCUCAAACCCCUGCCAAGCCUGCUACUUAUUCUUCGAAGAAGCAGGAUGCCAAGGAGGGCCCGACUCCAGCAGCAACGGUUUCGCCGUUACUGGCAUCGUCCCUGGGACUCAAUCGGAUAAAGACGCGGUCUGGUCCGCUGCCCCAGGAAAGUUUCUUUAGUCUUAGGGUGGAGAAGGGGGCGGCAGCUUCCGUGCUUGGGGCUAGUAAUUUGUCUAGGCCUGUGGGUUCUAGUGGUGGCGAUGGGAGUUCAGGGAAGUCGGGUUUGGGUUCUGCAAAAAAAGACGGGGCAAAUCAUAGGUUAUUGCAGGAGAGUGUGGUUGACAACGCGAGCAGUUCCGAUGGUAUGUCUCCAGGUAGUGGUGGUGGAUGGCAGUCCAGGGAGAAGAGUCCCAAUGUGCAGGGGAGGUCACGCCUGCAGAAUGGGGAGUCUUCGUCUCAAGCAGGGCAACAUGAGCCAUCCUGGGGCCAUCCGGGAAGUGUAAGAAGUUCAGAUAUUUGCACACCAGAGGAGGUUGUUGUUAUGAUUCGGGCAAGAUUUGACAAAGCAAAGGAGGAAGUGAACUCCGAUCUGGCUAUUUUUGCUGCAGAUCUGGUAGGAAUUCUUGAAAAGAAUGCAGAAAACCAUCCUGAGUGGCAGGAAACCAUUGAAGACUUGCUUAUUUUGGCUCGGAGGUGUGCCAUGACAUCACCUGGUGAAUUUUGGCUUCAAUGUGAAGGCAUAGUUCAGGAAUUGGAUGAUAAGCGCCAAGAACUUCCUCCUGGAAUGUUGAAGCAGCUGUAUACCAAGAUGCUUUUCAUUCUUACCAGGUGUACUAGAUUGUUGCAGUUUCACAAGGAAAGUUGGUUGGCUGAGGAUGAACAGGUGGGCCAACUUCGCCAUUCUAGAAUCUUUCUUUCAGCUGAUAAGAGAAUUCCUUCAGGGAUAGGAAGAGAGGUUAAAAGUUCAAGUGCUGCGAAGGCAGCAACGGCAGCUCAAUCUAGGAAAUUUUAUAGUCAAGAACAACGUGCCUUGCAUUGGAAAAGGGACCAUAUGGUACUGCCUUCUCUUGCAGCUGAUGAUUUUCCAAAGAGCUUGGAUUCUCCUGCAAGUAGAGAUCGCAUAGCUUCUUGGAAGAUACUCCCAUCUCCAGGAUUAAAAAGCACAAAGGAAGCUUCUUCAUUGAAAGAUCAGAAGGAUGGUAAGAUUGAAACCUUGAGAAAGAGAGGAACUUCUGAUGUAGAUUUGGCUGCUAAGUUGACUGAGUUUCCCCCUGCAAAAGAAUCUCAAGAGCAUUCUUCCAAGCAUCAACACAAGGUUUCUUGGGGUUACUGGGGAGAUCAGCAGAAUAUUUCUGAAGAAAGUUCUAUCAUUUGCCGUAUUUGUGAGGAGGAGGUUCCCACAUCAAAUGUAGAAGAACAUUCUAGAAUCUGUGCAGUGGCUGAUCGAUGUGAUCAGAAUGGCCUUAGUGUUGACGAUCGUCUUGUAAGAAUUGCUGAAACUCUUGAGAAGAUGAUGGAGUCCACUCAUAAGGACAUUCAACAUGGAGUUGGAAGCCCAGAUAUUGCAAAAGUAUCAAAUUCAAUUAUGACUGAGGAAUCUGAUGUUCUAUCUCCAAAACUGAGUGACUGGUCCAGGAGAGGCUCAGAAGACAUGCUAGAUUGUUUUCUUGAAGCUGAUAAUUCCCUUUUGAUGGAUGACCUUAAGGGUUUGCCUUCCAUGUCGUGUAAAACUCGUUUUGGUCCUAAGUCAGACCAAGGAAUGACAACAUCUUCUGCAGGAAGCAUGACUCCGAAGUCUCCAGUAUUGACACCAAAAAUCAGUCCGAUAGAUAUGCUAUUGUCAGGCAAGAGUACAUACUCCGAGCAAGAUGAUAUACCACAGAUGAAUGAACUUGCUGAUAUUGCAAGAUUUGUAGCAAAUACGCCAUUGGAUGAUGACCACUCCAUGUCCUAUUUCUUAUCUUGUCUUGAAGGCCUUAGAGUUGUGAUAGACCGCAGAAAAUUUGAUGCACUUACAGUGGAGACAUUUGGGACACGUAUUGAGAAGCUGAUUAGGGAGAAGUACUUGCAGCUUUGUGAGCUAGUAGAUGAUGAAAAGCUAGAUUUAGCAAGUACUGUGAUUGAUGAGGACACUCCCUUGGAAGACGAUGUUGUUCGUAGUUUGAGGACGAGCCCUAUACAUUCUUCUAAGGAUCGAACCUCUAUAGAUGACUUUGAGAUAAUAAAACCAAUCAGUCGGGGAGCAUUUGGACGUGUAUUCUUAGCUAAAAAGAGAACAACUGGGGAUCUUUUUGCAAUAAAGGUUCUCAAAAAAGCAGAUAUGAUCCGCAAGAAUGCAGUUGAAAGUAUUUUAGCAGAGCGUGAUAUUUUAAUUUCAGUCCGCAAUCCUUUUGUGGUUCGGUUCUUCUAUUCAUUUACAUGCCGUGAGAACUUGUAUCUUGUGAUGGAGUAUUUGAAUGGAGGAGACUUGUAUUCUUUAUUGAGAAACUUAGGUUGCUUGAAUGAAGAUGUUGCCCGUGUCUACAUAGCAGAAGUUGUGCUUGCUUUGGAAUAUUUACAUUCUCAGGAUGUGGUUCAUCGUGAUUUAAAGCCUGAUAAUUUGUUGAUUGCACAUGAUGGUCACAUCAAGUUGACAGAUUUUGGCCUGUCAAAAGUUGGUCUCAUCAACAGCACUGAUGAUUUAUCUGGUCCAGCUGGCACGUCUCUACUUGAAGAAGAGCAGCCUCAGUUAUCUGCCCCUGAGCAUCAACAAGAAAGGAGGAAGAAACGCUCUGCUGUGGGUACGCCUGACUAUUUGGCUCCAGAAAUACUUUUGGGAACAGGACAUGGUGCAACAGCAGAUUGGUGGUCUGUGGGUGUUAUUUUGUUUGAAUUGAUUGUUGGCAUUCCACCUUUCAAUGCAGAGCAUCCUCAGACGAUAUUUGAUAAUAUACUCAACCGUAAAAUACCUUGGCCGCGGGUGCCAGAAGAAAUGAGCCCUGAAGCACAUGAUCUAAUUGAUCGAUUGUUGACAGAAGAUCCUUAUCAGAGACUGGGAGCUAGAGGAGCAUCACAGGUGAAGCAGCAUGUCUUCUUCAAAGAUGUCAACUGGGACACCCUAGAAAGGCAAAAGGCUGCUUUUGUUCCCACUUCAGAGAGUGCACUGGACACUAGUUACUUCACAAGUCGCUACUCUUGGAAUCCUUUGGAUGACCAAGUGUAUCCAGAAAGUGAAUUUGAUGAUUCUACUGAUGCUGACAGUUUAAGUGGGAGCAGUGGUUGCCUGAACAAUCGCCAAGAAGAAGUGGGAGAUGAAUGUGGUGGCCUUGCAGAAUUUGAUUCUGGAUCAUCUGUCAAUUAUUCCUUCAGUAAUUUCUCAUUUAAGAAUCUCUCUCAGCUUGCAUCAAUUAACUAUGACCUGCUAUCUAAAGGAUGGAAGGAUGAGCCUUCAAAUUCUGCUGGAUAAUUAAGGAGCAUUGGUUUUCUUCAGUGUCAGAAGCUGGGCUGGAGUUUUUGAGAUUAGACCGAUGUAGCAAAUUUGGAGUGCUUCAUCACUGCGUUGUUUGUAUACUUUGUACAUAGAUAGAAGAAAACUCAAGACUGAACUGCUUUCGGGAUGUGAUCUUUCUUUCUAGGUAACACAAUACUGUGGGAUUUCAGUUCUGCUGUUAAGGUGCUUUGACGUCAGGACCUUAAUGUCUUGGUUAGUUGAUAAGCAUGCCACAGUAUUGUUCUACAAUCAUUUGUGAUGUUUUUUUCUCCAUAGCAAUGAAAACACAUCCCUUCAUGUUCAAUAUAAAACUUUUAAAGUUAUUGUGAAGUCAGUACCAUGCUUCUCCACGCUUGCAACCUUGGCUGCAAUGGGAAGCUCACCCGAAAACAAUGGUUCAUGCCAUGGUUCGCGUAGGAAUGACUCCUGUCUAGUCAAGAAUAAUUCCCUUUCCUCAGA